UCAUCUUUUUUAGUUGUAUACAUAUUUUACUGAAUUUUUGGCAUUAUUUUUUGGUCAGUACGAGAAGAAGGUGGAUAAUAGAAUGACAAAAUUUGGGUUGCAUUUUGUCGUAAUAAUUUGUAUUUUGUUGGGUGCAUCGGCUUCUGAUGACCAACAUUUUAUCGACUCGAAGUCUACGCCACCUUCGGAUUCAAGGGGACGAGGAAUGUUGGACAAGUUGGGUCAAAUUGCUCUCGUUGGGUUCCGCACUGUCACCGGUGACCCUUGCGCAGUCCGUAAAUUUUGGCUGAUUUAUCUAGAAAUCAACUCCUUUGGUGGUGGCAACUGCGCCAACUGCGACAAGUACUUCCACUGUAGAGCCAACUAUGACGCUGUUCACGUUUGCAUGAGGGAAGAUCCUGAAGGUGAUUUAGAAGCGAGGAUACGGACGGCGGAAGAGAUCAGUAAUGCCAGAGAGUUUGGUCAGCAUGGAAAACCAGAUAGUCAACAAGACCAAAUUGCCAAUAGAUUUGGGAGGAGGGGAGGAAAUUGUGGGUGGAGGUAUUUAUCCAGGAAUCGAUGUUUUUAUCACCCAAAGAGUAAAAUUUGUUACCAAAAGUAGCUGUUCGUUUGGAUAAUAACCAAACCCCACAGGGUAGCCUUAUUUAGCCCGACUCAGGUUGUCAUUAAUAAUUGAGGUGGGCAUAAUACGACCACUGCAAUUUUUUUAUUUAUCUACAGAUUUUGUCAUCUUGGAACGUGAUUCAUAAUUUUGCACGUGUGCGAAAAAUUUCAAUUUUUACCAGCGUAAUAGGCAGACCGAUCGACAGACAACCGUGACGAGUACAUAAGCCCUGACUCGGGCUAAUAACUGACCAGUUUAUCAUAGAAACUUGUGUAUAUGCAAUAAGUCAUUAACUAUGUAGAAAUGUCAUUAAUGCA